UGAUGUUUAAUAAAUGUACUCCGUUCAUUUUAAUUUAUUAUUAUCAAAUAGAAAAAUACAAACAGUAUGUAUGGGUACUUAAGGGUUAUUUUGUGACUUCUAAUUACAACAAAGGAAUACAUUAGGAAAGAGUUAAUAAAUAUAGGGCAAAGAUAAAUGGAUAUAUUUGAAGUAGCCGCCAUACGUCUACUUGCUGGAACGUGAAUCGCGCCAUCAUAUUAUUUUGUAAUUGAGGAGGACAUAGCAGAAAAUUUGAUGAAAAUUGGAUACGUGGUUGAGGUACAAUGGUUAUCGAGGAGAAAAGUUACGAAUCAUUAAAAGAAAAUCAAGUAAACGAUGACGCGGUAUCGAAGGAACAAAAGACAUACUCCUUGGAAAUUUUAAAAAUAAUAAAAGAAGCUCAACAACAACAUGGGUUAAGACAUGGUGAUUACCAACGGUAUCGUGGUUACUGCUCCAGAAGGCUCAGACGCCUAAGGAAAGUAUUAAAAGUUCCACAAGGAGACAGACGGCAUUUCAAGAGGAAAGACAUAACAUCUAUAAUGGUUACUGAUGAUAAAUUUCUACAAGUUCCUUUGAUGAUGGCAGAGAGAGCUUGGAGUUAUGCCAUGCAACUACGUCAGGAAUCUAACACAGAACCAAGAAAAAAGUUUCAUUUGAUAUCCAGGUUGAGAAAAGCUGCUACAUAUUCUUUACAGUUACAAGAGUUAAUAGAGAAUAUCAAUUGCGAUGCAAGAACAAAGCUAGAAGCUCAAGCUUACACAGCUUGGAUACACGGUUCCCUACACUUUGAAUUACAACUAUGGAAGAAAGCUAUGGAGAAUUUGAAAAAGGCUCAGGUAGUGUAUGGAAAGCUGGCUUCCGCGCUACCGGAAUCCGAACAAGUAAUGUACAACGCGCGUGUUGAGGAACUCAAUCCUAGCCUUAGAUACUGUGCCUAUAAUAUUGGAGAUACCACUGCCAUAGACGAUCUGAUGCAAAUGAGAGGUCAACUGAGUGGAGAGUUACUAGCUAGUUUAGAUUCGCUUAUAGCACAAACACGAGAGAAGCAAACAAGCGCGAGGAAGUAAACAUGGCGUGGAAAAUCGUGCGGUGUAGUCCCAUCAAGAGCGGCGGGUCUUUUAAUUGCCGAUUCUAGAUUAAAUCAAACGUUGGAGAAAGCAGCUAACGAAUCAAACUAAGAUGAUCUGCUGGAAGCGCACUUGAUAGACUGUAAAGAUGCGAUUUCAGCUGUACGAGAUCACUUCAAGAAUGAAUUGAAGAGCAAAGAUAACGAUAAACUAUCACCAUCACAGCAUUUAAUUACUUACUUACAAUAUAUCAGAUUAUCCCGUACUUUAGAGAGAAAUUUGGCUUUGAUAAAAGUAGCUGAAGAAUCUGCAAAAGCAAAACCACAAGAUAUCGUACGAUUGUACGAAGCGACUCUUCACAAUCUUGUAGAAAUAUCACAGUUACAAGAGGACGAGGAAUUUCUGCGUGAACAGGAAGCUAAGACCAGAGGUUACAGAGCCUUUAGAUGUUACUACAUGGCGCAAUCUUUGGCGAAUCUUCAUCGAUGGCGAGAAGCGAUGGCUUUGUAUCAAAGAUCUGCACGACAUGUAAAAGAUGCGUUAGAAUAUGGUAAAGCACUUCCAAAAUCAUUGAGAAAUACUCUAGAGAAAUUGGAGGCUUCUAUAGAAGGUGCUAAGUAUGCGGCACAUGCGCACAGCGUUUUAGAGGAAGGACAAGAAGAGGAAUCUGGAGUAAAUAAAUAUACAAAAUCGAAGAAACCUCUGUAUGAACGUCUACACGAGUACAGAGAGGAUUCUGCACUUCUUACCAAGCAACCUAACGUUUUUAAAUUACCACCAUCUAUGCAGCCUAUUCCUUGCAAACCACUGUUUUUCGAUUUAGCUUUCAAUAUGGUCGAAUUUCCAGAUUUGAGCGAAAAACUCGGUGAUCAAGCUAAGAAAACUGGUCAAGCUGGUCUUACAGGAUUUGUUAAAGGUCUUUGGGGUUGGGGAAAUAAAUAAAACGAGGACAUUGUAACUAUAAUACAUUUGACUUCAAAUAUUACCGCACCCAGUGCGAUAAUGUAUUUUUACCGGUAUUCAAUCACUUCGGUGAGAAUCAAGUUUUCACUUAUAACAACAGCAAUAUGAAUAACAGAAAUAAAAAACAUAUUAUUAAUAUA